AAAACAUCCGAGUAUCUAAAGAGGCGUUUGUGGACCUGCUGACCACUACAGAAGACCUGCUGAAUCAAUGCACCCGAGCGAAAUCUAUUCCGCAUGUUUUAAAGCUAGCAACAGUUCUGCGAUUUUGUGCUCAGGGAUCGUACCAACUUAGCAUUGGCAAUGAAAAUAUGCUUGGACUUGCACAGUCCACGGUGUCUGUGGUGCUAUCAGAAGUGCUAGAUGUUCUGGAAAGUUUCAUUUGCCAAAUAUGGAUAAAAUUCAAUUACACAGAGGCUGAACUGCAACAAGCAAAAUCACAUUUUUAUAACAAAAGUAGAAUUCCAGAAAUAAUCGGCUGUAUUGAUGGCACACACAUUAAAAUUGUCGCACCUAGGAAGGAACUGCAGCAUUUGUAUUAUAACAGAAAGGGAUUCUUCAGCAUUAAUGCUAUGGUUGUCUGUGAUCAUACAAUGAAAAUACGAUACAUAAAUGCCAAAAAUCCGGGAGCGACACAUGAUUCUAUGGUUUUUAAUAUGUCGUCAUUGAAAACACAAUUAGAGCAGCAACAUCUUAAUGGUCCUCGAAAUACUUGGCUACUUGGUGAUGCUGGAUACGCUCUGAAACCUUACUUAAUGACGCCGUUCAGAAAAUCUGAGGAAGGAUCUCUACAAAGGGCAUAUAACAAACAACAUGCCAAAGGAAGAACUUUGCACAACAUUUGCUUGUUUUAUAAUGUACAAAUCCUCGACGAGGAGAAGUUUUCAAAUGUGACUUAUGACGAUGAUGUCGGAGACGUUGAAGUGGAACCUGUUGACAACUCACAAGCAGAAGACAUAAGAAAUGAAAUUUUAAGAACAUUAUAG